UUAGAGUGAGGAAUGUAGGAGAUGAGAGAUGCUGAAGCCUGUUGUGUUGGUGAGUGUUACACAAGUGUGAGGUGUUAUUAGCAUAUUUUUUCUUCUUGAUUAUAAAGACCUAGUAUAUCCAAGGGACAUAAGAGAAGCAAACCCUGUCUCUGUCAAAACCUUUUGCAACAGCUUGUCUGUCAGCCUUUGCAGCCCCGCAGAAUCCUGGGAAGUCCUGGUUCCCCCUCGGUUCCUUCCUGCUCCUCCCUCAGUCCAGCUGCCAUGCCUGGUGGGGACAAAGGGGAGUUCAGGGAUGAUGUAGACCCUAUACCCCUCCUGGAAUCUCCCAAGAAGAGGACUGAAGCCAUGGGCAAGCCCUAUGACAUCAAGAGGUCGUGCUGGAUCACAGAUGAGAAGGAGAGCUUCAUGGCAGGGGAGAUCGAGUCUGAAGAAGGUGACCUGGUUGUCACUUUCGAUUGUGAAGACAAUCAUCAACCAGGGGCAGUGGAGAACCUGGUGUCCGCAAGACUGAGAACACGAAGAAGGUCACCCAGCACUUUGCCAACAUCAGAGGAACUGGCAAACAGUCUCGGGAUGAGAAGGGGUCCCUGGAGGAUCAAAUCAUCCGGGCCAACCCUAUGCUGGAGGCCUUCGGGAACACCAAGACCACCAGGAAUAACUACUCCUCUUGCUUCAUAA